CAACCUCCUCCCCUUCUUUCCACACACACAACCACUCCACCCCCUGUGGCCUGAACUGUCCUGCCUCGCCACAAUGGCACCUGCCCUAAAAUAGCUUCCCAUGUGAGGGCUAGAGAAAGGAAAAGAUUAGACCCUCCCUGGAUGAGAGAGAGAAAGAGAAGGAGGGCAGGGGAGGGGGAGAGCGAGCCAUUGAGGGAUCUUUGUCAAGCAUCCCAGAAGACUGCGCCAUGGGGCUCAGCGACGGGGAAUGGCAGUUGGUGCUGAACGUCUGGGGGAAGGUGGAGGCUGACAUCCCAAGCCACGGGCAGGAAGUCCUCAUCAGGCUCUUUAAGGGUCACCCUGAGACCCUGGAGAAGUUUGACAAGUUCAAGCACCUGAAGUCAGAGGACGAGAUGAAGGCGUCUGAGGACCUAAAGAAGCAUGGCGCUACCGUGCUCACUGCCCUGGGCGGCAUCCUUAAAAAGAAGGGGCAUCACGAGGCAGAGAUUAAGCCCCUAGCACAGUCGCAUGCCACCAAGCACAAGAUCCCUGUGAAGUACCUGGAGUUAAUCUCGGAAUCCAUCAUUCAAGUUCUGCAGAGCAAGCAUCCCGGGGAAUUUGGUGCCGACGCCCAGGGGGCCAUGAACAAGGCCCUGGAGCUGUUCCGGAACGACAUGGCCGCCAAGUACAAGGAGCUGGGCUUCCAGGGUUAGGCCCCUGCUGCCCCCACCCCACCCACCUGGGCCCCGGGUCCAAGAGAGGGCGGGGAUCUGAUCUCGUGUAGCCGUGUAGAGUUUGCUUCUGAGUGUCUGCUUUGUUUAGUAGAGGUGGGCAGGAGAAGCUGAGGGGCUGCGGCUGGGGUGCUGAAGUUGGCUUCGCAUGCCCAGCCAUGGGCCUCCCUGUGGAAUGUCAUCACCCUGGGAACCAGGAGUGGCCCUUGGCUCAUUGUGUUCUUCAUGGUUUGGGUCGGAGUUAAUUGUCCUUUCUUCUAAAUCCCAACCUAACUUCUUCCAACCUCCAAACUGGCUGUAACCCCAAAUCCAAGCCAUUAAGUACACCUGACAGUAGCAGUUUUCUGAUUCAUCACUGGCCCCUUGAAGACAGCAGAAUGUCCCUUUGCAAUGAGGAGGAGAUCUGGGCUGGGCGGAGCAGCUGGGGAAGCGUUUGAGUAUCUGGAACAUGUGUGUGCCUUCUCAGGUAUGGCAGUGACUCACCUGGUUUUAAUAAAACACUCUGCAACAUCUCA